CCUACUCCAGUGAAGGGUAUCCGACCAACCUACCCUCUCACCAUCCUUGAUGUAGCUCACCUGUCACGCACUCUUGUUUCUGCUUCGGAGCCUUCCCCCCAAACCUUCCCACCAGCCAACCUAAGUGCAGCUGUCUUUGGCACUGGCAAUGUUGUCACCGCUACCCAGCUUCCAACUUCUGCGUUCAGCAUUUCAUCUUCUUCGAAUCCUCUGAUUUCAGAGUCUCUUCACUCUAUCGAAGAAUUCGACCUGACUUCUCGCGUCGCAAGACCGACCUUCGCCACUGAAUCAUCGGUCGCUAUCUCCAUCGCCCCUACUAGUAUAUUCAACAUGGUUGAUGAUGUCGAUGCAAUUACUCCCAUAACUAUCGCUGUUACUGGCAGUAUACAUCCAAUUUCUGCUCCAAAUUCACAUACGACUUUAACCACGAGUGUUAGCAGCUCUACAGUUUUAGUGCCUGGUGCACACAGCAAAUUACCCGAGCUAACCAAUGGACUCCACUCGAGCUCUGUCAAUCCCGACAUACAUGCCAAAUCAACAGAUACAUUUUCAUCUUCGUCUUCAUCCAUAUCUCCGUCGCGAACGCAACAACAACUUAAACAACAGCAAAAUCCACCUAUCUCGUCCACAGGAUUUUGUUGUGUCGAUGAUGACUUGUCUACUCUCACGCUUGAUGUCUUGGGAUCAGGCCCUGGGCUUCUAGCCUCUGUAUGUGAUCCAUCUUCAAAUAUGGGCCUCGUUGAUGCCAGCAUUCCUAUCUCCGAAUCUUCAUGUUUUACGCCAAGCUCUAACAUCCUACCGACUACAAGGUCUAUUGAAGGUGCCCCUUCUGACGCAAUAAAGAGUAUCGCCAGCCCACCCUUUAUAGACAGUAACUUCGUUGCAAUCGAAGGAGGAGAAAAUGUGCCGCUGAGUCAGCUGCAGUUUGGACACAGUACUGGUGCUGUGCAUUCUUUACCAAGCUGCCAAGUCUCGACCGACUUGUCGACGGCCUCAUUUAAGCCGAGUAUGUUCUCAAUCUGUUAUUGUCAAACUCUCAAAGUCUUGAGUUUGGGCCUCAUCAUUUGCAGCCCUGCCUCGCAAGGCCUGACUUUUAUAUUCGUAAUUAUUACUGGAGCCUUGAGUAGGCAUCUAUUUUAA